CCCAACACAGUGCAUGUUUUUCUAUCUGUCUCGCCUAUGUUUCAGUUUCUCUACGAGUGCAACACAAUCAACAUCCUCUUGAAAGCUAUAAAAAUAAUAGUAUUUUUCAUAAAUAAUCAAAGGAAAUGUCAGGACGAGGUAAAGGUGGUAAAGGAUUAGGGAAGGGUGGAGCGAAACGUCAUCGUAAAGUUUUACGUGAUAAUAUUCAGGGCAUAACGAAACCUGCCAUACGUCGUUUAGCACGUCGUGGUGGUGUUAAACGAAUUUCAGCAUUAAUUUAUGAAGAAGUUCGUGGUGUUUUAAAAACGUUUUUGGAAAAUGUUAUUAAAGAUUCCGUCGCGUACACUGAGCACGCUCGAAGAAAAACAGUAACUGCUAUGGAUAUUGUCUACGCUUUAAAACGUCAAGGAAGAACAAUUUAUGGUUUUGGUGGUUAAUUUUUGAAGCAUUGUCACCCCGUCUUGUUUUUUUUAUAUAGCAAUAUGUCUGAGUAAUGUUGUACAAACUUAAGUUAUUAUUUAGAAAUUUUUGUAUUGAAAAUUUCUAAAUAAUAAUUUUUUAUAAAGGCUUCUCUAGAAGCCGUAAA